CCAGUAGGUACUUCGCAGCGAAUCUCAAGUUCAAUUUCAUCAGGUGGGCUGGCUAUCUAGGUUGUCCGUCCAUCUUGCUCUGCCUCGUCUGACUUGAGGUACUGGAUGGAUUGGUGAGUACUAUACGUAGACAACACGCAAUGCGAGUGACCCUCAGAAGAGAAAGUGCGAUGAGCAUGAAUGCCCCAAGCAGCGAAGGCAGAGCCGAGUCUGUUUUCAUAACGCUCAUUUCAAAGCCUUUCCCACAAUUACUGUGUAGUAAUUAUCCGUAUCCGUAUUCCACUACGGAGUACCUAGUUACCUAUCCCGCUAAGCGGUGGAUUACCCGCACUUUCUCCGCAAAGCUGAGCCACUCAGUGGCGCCAGAGCUUACCUCCUGACCGACCGCGUCACACCUUGGCUGAUACGCCG